CAAGGCUUGUUGGAGCUACUGAAAACCACCGAAGUCUUCAGUAGUGCCAUCAACAUGGAGUUUGGUGUCGAUAAAUGUGCGGUUAUGCAUGUACAGCGGGGGAGGGUUGUAAAUUCAACAAAUUUACAACUUUCUGAGACAAUGUCUUUCAGAUCUAUCUCUGAAUCAGAAACCUAUAAAUACCUUGGUAUGUCACAGUCGUUGGGUAUUGAUGAUGAGGGUAUUAGACGGUCGGUGAAGGAGCGCUUUUUCAGUCGGCUCACAAAAGUCCUUAACAGUCUUUUGUCAGGAGGCAACAAAGUGCGCGCCUUCAACGCCUGGGUAAUGCCCCUCCUCACAUACUCCUUUGGCAUACUAAGAUGGACUCAGACCGAGCUGGACGCCCUGGAUCGGAGGGUCCGAUCACUGCUCACCACACAUCGCAUGCUACACCCACGCUCGUCGGUUAUGAGAUUGUACAUCCCACGCAAGUGUGGAGGCCGAGGCUUCCUAAACGCCAAGGAUCUCCACAACCGCGAGGUGUACAAUCUCAGGAAUUAUUUCCUUAACAACGAGUGUGGGAUGCAUCGUGAUGUGGUGGCAGUAGACAGGAACCUCACGCCGCUCUCCUUGGCAAACGAGAACUGGCGCAAACCUGUGGUACUAAGUACUGCGGAUCGCAAGGCGGCAUGGGAGAGUAAAGUGCUACACGGGCGGUUCUACAAGGCCCUCACGGGACCCGAUGUGGACCUGCUCGCGUCGGUGAACUGGUUACGAUUCGGGGACCUCUUCGGAGAAACCGAGGGUUUUGCCUGUGCAAUUGCGGACGAAGUGAUGAUGACGAACAACUAUCGGAAAUAUAUCCUGAAGGACGGUACGGUCGACAUUUGUCGGGCAUGCCGCCGUCCCGGAGAAUCACUCAGGCAUAUCAUUUCCGGUUGUUCUCAUCUUGCUAACGGUGAGUACUUGCACAGACAUAAUCUCGUAGCCAGGAUUAUUCACUAGCAACUUGCUCUUCUAUACGGCCUUGUGGACCGCGAAGUACCGUACUACAAGUACUUACCUGCGCCUGUUCUCGAGAAUGGUCGUGCCACGCUCUAUUGGGGUCGAUCUAUCAUCACUGACAGGACUAUUGUAGCCAAUAAGCCUGACAUCGUGAUAAUAGAUCGAUCGCAACGUCGGGCCGUUCCAGUAAGUACCUAGACUUGGCUCACGAGAUAACCGCUAUGUGGGAUGUUGAUUCGACGAUCAUUGUCCCGAUAGUCGUUUCAGUGAACGGUCUAAUAGCGAAGAGUCUCGACCGACAUCUUGAGAGACUCUCGCUAGGUGGUUGGAUCAAGGGUCAGAUGCAGAAGGCGGUGAUCUUGGACACGGCGCGGAUAGUCCGCCGGUUCCUCUCUCUGCGGCCCUGACCACCGGCAGCUUGGGCCCUGCCCCGCUGCUGGCGGCACCCUAGGUUAGGUUUUUUAUAAUGUGUUUAUACUUAUUUUUUGUUGUUUUUUAUGUGUUUUUGUAUUUUACUUUUAUAUUCAUGUUAUAAAUGAC